CGAGGUUGUGGUAGAUGUGAUAACGAUAAAAAUUGCUAUGAAUGUUCAACUGAUUCCUGAACAAUCUAAUGUUGAGUAUUGUUUAUCUGGUUAUGGUUGCAUCGUUAAGAAAAUAGAUGCAAGAAAAUGGAAAUUUGGAUGUGGCAUAUGUACAGGAAGUGAACCCUGUUAUCAAUGUAACACUAACAAAUGCAAUAAACGAGAAGCAUAUCUCUUUUGCUACGAAAGAGGAGAAAACGGAAAGGAACGCAUUGCAUUAACAGGCUGUGCAAAGGGAAAUUGCUAUAUUUCUGUUGAUAUUACGAAAGCUGGAGGAGAUAUGGCAACUGCUUUGAAAAAAUAUACUAAACAAGGUUGUGGAGACUGCCCCUCUACAACUAUUCCGUGCCGUACAUGCGACACAAAAGAAUGUAACACAGAAAAGUUUUAUAAAGAAAAACAUUAUUGCUGGGAUACGUCUGGCACAGUUAAGGAAUGCAAUUCGGAACAUAAAAGAUUCUGUUACUAUGCUGUUAUUAAUGAUAAGAAAGGUAUUAAAUAA